GCCUUUCUGUCAUCCUAUGAAAUUUCCAGUUCGCGAAAUUAACUCCAGACGAGGGAGCGUAUUGUUUUUAGCGAGGGUGAAAAAUCGGUGUUAAAACUUGUAUGUAAUUGACGUAGUUUUGAUGUUUUUGAGUUUAUUUUGUGUUUAGAGGAAGUAUUCCAUAAUAUUGAUUUGCUGACUUGAAUGGUUCAAAUGUGGAAGCGAAUAAGAGAAUGUGAGCGUGAAGAGAAGGAUUACAAGAUCGCAUACUAGAUGAAAGGCCUUAUCACAGCCCGUCGGAUGGAUUGCGGGAUUAAUUAAAUCCAGAGACAUGGUGUUAAACACCGAAUUAUCCCAAGUUGAAGUAAUAGAUUUGGUAAACGACGGCAGUGGCUUAGCAUUUGGAAUUAUUGGUGGCCGCAGCACUGGCGUAGUUGUGAAAACUAUUAUACCUGGUGGUGUAGCCGAUAGAGACGGUAGACUUCAAAGUGGCGACCAUAUUUUACAAAUCGGUGAAGUGAACUUAAGAGGGCUAGGAUCCGAACAAGUUGCUGCCGUGUUAAGACAGUGUGGUGUCCACGUCCGAUUGGUGGUUGCUAGACCUAUAGAAUCAGCCAACCUGGAGUUUCAGAUGUUGAGCAGUAUGGCGCCAAUAGUACCAACCAAGAUACUCGGUGAUCCUGUCGAGUUAGAUCGUCAUCUUUCUGGAGAAGCUUUUGCGUAUCAACCCUCUCCGUCCACAUUUCACCGUGGGCCUUACAUAUAUACUGGUCAUCAUUCAGAAGUUCAAUUACAAGAAUUGGUCCCAUACCUGGCGAGAAUAGGAACAGAAAAUAAUUUUCCAGAAGCACUUCCCAUGACUUUUUCGUACCAUGAACCAGAGCUUCCCGAAACUGAAACCUAUGAGGUAGAGCUCAAAAAAGAUGAUUUAGGACUUGGUAUUACUGUUGCAGGAUAUGUUUGUGAAAAAGAGGAAAUCUCGGGGAUUUUCGUUAAGAGCAUAAGUCAAGGAAGUGCCGCUGAUUUGACGCAAAACAUCAGGAUAAACGACAGAAUUGUUGAAGUGAAUGGAGUUUCUUUGAUAGGCUUCACCAAUCAUCAAGCUGUCGAAUUUUUACGCAACAGUGGUUUCAACGUGAAAAUAAAAUUAGAAAGGUAUCUGCGUGGACCAAAAUAUGAACAGUUGCAACAAGCUAUUAAGGCAAAUGAACUUAGACCUCCUUCUCCACCUUCACCUACUUUAACUUCUUUACCGAAAGUGCCCUUGAGUAUGGUGCAAAUGGAUUAUCUUAGUAUCGAGCCGGACGGAGAAUCACGAACGAGUUUUGAGUUUGAUUCCGCUAUUCUAUUGGAGACGAUGAACAUCGCAGAAGAGGAAAAAGAAAUUUUGAUAGGGGGCGAAAUACGAUCGUUCCAAUUCAAAAUAGAAAGUCAUGAAAUUAUUCACGAAAAAUGGAAAAAUAAGUUUGAGGAUGAUGUUGAAAUUGUGAUUGCGCAAAUGAAAAAAGAACCUACUAGUGGCUUAGGUAUAAGCUUAGAAGGAACUGUAGAUGUAGAAGAUGGACAAGAAGUUCGACCACAUCAUUAUAUUAGAAACAUUCUACCAGACGGUCCUGUCGGUCAAAAUGGAAUUCUGCAAUCUGGAGAUGAAUUGUUAGAGGUUAAUGGUAUUCAACUGCUAGGAUUGAAUCAUCUUGAAGUUGUAACGAUACUUAAACAACUGCCGUCUGUUGUCAGCAUCGUUUGUGCUCGGUAUCCAGUACAUACUCGAAUAAUUGAUACCUCGCAGCAUCCGGAAGCUUUUAGAGCAAGGAAAAUUUUGGCCGGUAGCUUACAAACUUUGAUUCCUAUCAGUGAGACCAAUCACCUUAUGAAAGCUAAAUCUGAGAGUUCUCUGUCAUCAAGUAUUAUUAGCGAAGCUAUCAGUCGGUCUAGAUCGUUAGAAGUGAUACAAGGUAUGCCCAUGUGGAACGAAGAACCAAUUGUAGUAGAAUUAGUGAAAGGGGACUAUGGACUAGGAUUUUCAAUACUGGAUUAUCAGGAUCCCCUGUAUCCUCAAAAAAACGUGAUAGUUAUUCGUUCAUUGGUGCCAGGAGGCGUGGCUCAAAGCGAUGGACGACUUAUACCUGGAGAUAGACUGCUUUCUGUGAACGAUAUUACUGUGGAGCACUCAUCUUUAGAUGAGGCGGUUAAUGUACUGAAAGGAGCUCCCAAAGGAAUUGUGAAACUCAUUGUUGCCAAACCACUGACUUGUGGAGAUGCCGUUUCUCAUACAAGUCAGGAUACUGAGGAAGACCAUACAUGCUUGGAAGACUUUCAAGAAUGUAUAGAAGAAUUUCAAGAGUGUCUAGAUACCAUGAAUAUAUGUAUAGAUGACGAUAAUUCGUGCAGUCAUUCAUUUAAUUCGGACGUAGAAGAUUUAGGUGAAAAAGCACCACAAUGUAACAAAAAUGAUCUUUUUAGAAGCAAUCAUAUAAAUAGAACUAAGCCAAAAUCUAAAUAUAGUGACAGUGAUGUAGACAGUAGUUUUGAUAGUGAUAAACAGACAUUGAAAAUAAAAGAAAACUGUGUUGAAUUUAAUAAACAGCUCAACAAAUUCGAAAUAUUCUCGAAAAACGACAGUCUGUUAAGUGAUAAAUUUUCAGAAAAAGACGAUUAUGAGACGUGCGUGGAAGAAUCGUGGUCAGAAGAAAUUUCUGUGGUUAAAAUAAGUAACAAUACGGAAAUCAAAUCAGUAGAAUCUUUAGUACAAAUAAAUGACACCAAUAUAAAUUGUAUAUUAGAUGUUAUUGAUUCCAAUGAUGUAACUCCAACUAAUUCCAAAGUGAAUUUAGACCAAUUAUGUCAAGAAGUACCUGACACGAAUAGUAAAAUUUAUAAUACAACAGUAAAUACCGCUUCUUCGGAGCCGUGCCUAAACAAGGAUUUUGUUACAACCCACAUUUGUUUGGAUAGUAAACUUGACGACGAAUUAAAAUCUUAUGAUAAUAAUAUAAACGAUCCCGGAGAUGAGUUUUUUAUAGUUUCGUAUAAUCAGCCAAAUAAAAGUAUUUUCAAAAGUUUGACCGAACUGAAUAUUAUAGGAUCCUAUGAAUUCCCAUCCAAAAGAAGCUAUAGGAAAUGUUUGAAGGAAUAUUACAACGACUACGCAGAUUGUUUGGAAGCUUACAAAAUAUCUCUAAGCGAUACAAUAGAACAAGAAGAAAUGUCAGACGACGAUAUAUUUAAAGAUAUAUUUCUUCCGUUCAAAAGUAAAUCUACUCCAGACAUCAUCGACAGAUCGUUCGUAAUGAUAACCUACGAUCCAGGACCUGAUAACAUGACAAGAAGAAAAUCUGCUUUUACACCAGGAUACCAAUAUAUGGAACCUGAAAUGACAGUAAUACAACCGAUAGAAAUUGAUGUAAGGGGAUGCCAAGUCGAGGAAAUGUUGCAAAAACACUGGGGAUCUACACACACGGUGCACUUAUUUAGAGAGCCAAACAAAAGUCUAGGCAUCAAUAUUGUCGGCGGAAAGGUUGAUUUGCAGGUGUCCAAACAAUCGCCAGAUACGCUUUUGGGAAUUUUCGUGAAAAGUGUUGUUCCCAACAGUCCCGCUGGUAAAACUGGAAUGUUCAAGGUUGGUGAUAGAAUACUAGAAGUUAGCGGAAUCGAUUUGAGAGAAGCGACCCAUGAAAAGGCCGUUCAAGCAAUACGGAAUGCCUCAAAUCCGGUUACUUUUAUCAUACAAUCCCUUAUACCGUGGAAAAUCACAGAUAACGAUACCAAAGAAAAUGGUUGCUCAUCUCCAUUUCCAUCGCCAGUUAGUAAUAGAAGCAGUGCCAGUUAUAACAAAGAAAACAACCAAAUAAAAGAAAUAAAUGGAAACACACCACGAUUCAAAGGAACGGACGGAAUAAUUUCUAAUGAAAUCCAAUUGUCUAAAACUGCUACUCAAGUCGAACACCCUGCUACUGAUGACUCUUCGAUGGGAGCCAACCUCAACGUAGUAAUUACUCAAGUUACACCAAUCCACGCUCCAUUAUCCACAAACAUAAACACAAAUACAUUUAAUAAAGAUGUUGGUGAUAAACUUGACAACGAAUUUCAAGAAAACGAAAAAGAACAUCAAAAGUCGACAUCUCCAGCUAUAUAUGAAUCGGAAAGUGAAGAAGACGAUGAUGAAGAAGACGACGUUCGGGAACUGGAAGGAAGAACUGUCUCCGCCAAGGGGUAUGCGAUUGAUAGAGCAAGUGCUGGAAACGUUAAAAGAACUAAAGAAGAAAUAAUUGCAGAUACUGAAGCAGAGGAUGAUUAUGGUUACACGAUGAAUAAAGUGAAGAAGAAAUAUGCUAGCUUGGGUAAUAAUAUCCUCAUGGUACAACUGGAACGCUCCAAUCAAGGAUUGGGUCUGAGUCUAGCUGGCCAUAAGGAUCGAAAUUGUAUGGCCGUUUUUGUUUGUGGACUUAACCCGAAGGGAGUCGCAUAUAAAACGGGAAGCAUACAAAUCGGAGAUGAGAUAUUAGAGGUGAAUGGUGUUGUAUUACACGGUCGGUGCCACCUUAAUGCAUCGGCUAUUAUUAAGGGCCUAUCAGGACCAACAUUCAAAGUUAUUAUAUUAAGGCGAAAAACUGCCAUAGAUGAUAUUGCCGUCAAGCCUAUCACACAGUUCCCAGUUUCACUAGCAGAAGAGGCCUCCGAAGAACAAUUUAGUGCUAGCUAUCCGAAUGUGCGCACCGUGGCUGUUAAAAAGCAACCCAACCAGAGUCUAGGAAUUAUGAUAAUAGAAGGCAAACAUGCAGAAGUGGGACAAGGUAUCUUCAUAUCCGACAUUCAAGAAGGGAGCUCGGCAGAGAAGGCUGGUCUUGAAAUAGGGGAAUUAAUCUUAGCAGUGAAUAAAGAUUCUUUAGUUGGCUCCAAUUAUGAAACAGCAGCAAAUUUGUUGAAGAGAACGGAAGGUUUGGUAACACUGGUUGUUUCCAAUCCUGGUAAAAAAGAUCCAGCAUCAUCUUCCACACUGGUUCCAAAUAUUUCGUCCAAUAGCAUAGAAAAUAAAAAUGCUACUUCUAAACCUUCCACCUUGAAAGCAACGACACCAUCAUCUAGACCUACUACACCUGUACCUGAACCUCCAGCAGAUCCUCUAACAUGUUCUAUAAUCCCCGGAAAAGAGACUACUAUUGAAAUUGCUUCGGACAACAAAGGACUAGGCGUCUUUUUCGUCGGAGGAAAAGACACUCAAAUUCAGAAUGCUAUAAUUAUAGUGGAAAUAUAUCCAGGUGGUUCAGCAGAUAUAGAUAAACGUCUGCAACCUGGUGAUAAUAUUUUAGAUGUAAAUGGUACAUCUUUGAAAGACGUCUCCCACACAACUGCUUCCCAAGCUUUAAGACAAACACUGCCAAAGAUGAAAAUCGUUGUUUAUCGACCUAACACAAUUGAAUACAGUCCCAUCGAAACUGAAUUAGUUAAGAAACCAGGAAAAGGAUUAGGAAUAAGUGUGGUUGCAAGGAAAUCCGGUAAAGGAGUAUACAUAGCCGAUAUUAUCAGCGGCAGUGUAGCAGAAUUAGACGGUAAAAUAGCUAGAGGCGAUCUAUUAAUAUCCGUGAACGGACAUAACGUCGAAAAUGUUGGCGGAGAAGAAGCUGGGGCCAUUUUGAAGACUGCCACGGGAAGAGUUUCUCUAAAACUAAAUAGAUAUAAACCUACAGCGAGAUAAUUCAUCUAUGUUCAAUCUGUUAUCUAAUAUAUCGCAUCCUAAGAUUUCAGUAACGAAAUUACUUGUUACUAAUGAUAAAUGUGUUGAGUUUCUAAGCAUAUUGCCAUAAUUUCACAAGUACACAUAUUCGUUGCGAUUUCUCAUCAAUUCGACUUGAAACCCGAAAGCUAUAGAAAUCCAUCCUGAAAGUAGCAAACUUAUUCUUUCCAAAGCAACAAUAAUCUAAAUAAAUUACAAAUACUAAUGAAUGAAAAGUAGUAUCUUAUAGCUUAAAACAGUUAAGUAAGUGACAAGGUAUAUUUCGUUUUGGAAAUACUGGGUAAACUGUAUAGUAGAAAAUAAGUAUUCAAAUGUUUAUUUCCAGCUGUUAAAAUAAAACAUUCAAAUUAUUUGCUUCUAUAGAAGUUCAGUCAGUUGGAAAUCAUAUUUUGAACCUUUAUAUAAAUAUUUUUAUUUAUUGUUAAGGCUCUAUGACAACCAAAUAAGUUUCAAAGUACAUUUUAGUGGUCAAGUUUCAUAUAAUAAGUCUUAGUGAUAUUAGAAUCCAGAAUAAAUUCAAAUAUUUUUAAAAUUAAAUAUGUAUAGAAAUUGGUUAUUAUCUAUCGGUUGUGGCAAAAAAAACACUGUUUCUUCUCCAUUGUGAGAAUUGAAAAAUUUAGAAACACUUGUUAUGUGAUAUAUGUUUAGUUUUCUUAGAUAAAUUACCUAUAGAUUAUGUUAAAAUGAAGUAGAACAUUUAAAUAUUAGUUUAAUAAAUAUUGCAAAUUUAGUAAAAUAUUAACUGACCAAUUUUUGGUACUCCUCCCGGUAUCUUUGCAUCAUUACUUUACCAAAUAUAGACAAUAUUCUAAUAUUAAUGUCAAAACAUCUGAUAGAGUUACAAGAAUCGUUUAAACGACUUGAUUCAUAAAAACAAGGAAGGAAUACUCGCCUAUGGAAAAAUUGUUCCACAAUCUCUAAAAUUCUCUGGAAAGAUAGCACCAAAAUUGUAUUGUAUAUUGAAAUCCUCAUAAAUUAUCUAAAAGCUUUGUAGUAUAAAAACAUAUAUCUCGUUAAAUAUCUUAUGCCCAAAUUCUACUUAUUAUUUUCAACAACAUAUACUAAACUGAAAUUAAAGAAUUCUUUCUAUUAAGUCCUAUUGACUGCGCCAUUUGGGUAUCUUCUACAUUUUUGAGAAAAUUGUCUACAUUAUCACACUAAUAUAAACAUUUAUAUAGUAUACCUACACUGCAACUAUUCACAUAAUUUUUUUACUAAUAUAAGAAGUCAUACAAUUCUUUUUUUUUAUUAUAUUAUUUAAUAAUGUUUAUAUUAUCAUUACUCGAGUUUUUGUUAUUCAACUUAGACAAAACAUUUUUUCAUUGAUUCACAAAAACGUGGAAAAUAAAAUUGUAUAUUGAGUUUGGAGUUUAAGUGAUAAAUCGAUUGUUACUUCAUCUGCGAAACAUACGAGUAUAUUAUUAUACUUAACCAUAUACUAUAACCAUACUGACUAAUUCUACAGUGAGUAUCUCUAAAGUUUGAAUGUUAACAAUUGAAAAGUCAAGAUAAACAACUAAAUAGAAAUUUCCAUCUAAAAUCUAUCUUUUUUCACGUGCAUUUAUACAUUUUCAUUCUAAAUGCAAAUUUUACUGUUGGUUCCAAGAAAAUUCAUAGCAAGAUUUUGAUAGGACUUGACAUGUUUUUGAGUCCCCUUUUUUAAUCUACUUUCUUUCAUCUCUAAUAACAAUAGAAUAAAAAAAAUUAAUGGUAAAAUACUUAUCAGUGACGUACGUUCGGAAAACAAUAUUUAUUAUUUAUUUUCAAAUCUUUCAAAAACAAUUAUAGAUGAAUUUUCAAUUACUGGAUGUAUAAAAGUUGGACUUGUUGAACUAUUAUAACUGCUUUUUCCAGAAACUCACCUAAAAUGUUAUGGGACUAGUACCUGUAAUAAUAUUCAAAAAAAUAUAUUUUUUACUUUCAACAUCCUGAUAUUUACAAGAUUCCACAUCUUCUGUUCUUCCUAAUAUAUGGUAUUUUUCCAGUUGUUGCUUGUUGCUUCGCACAUUAGAAGCUGAGAUACAUCAUACAAUUUCAAAGUAUUGUUGCUCUUAAUUGUUCAAUAUAUCCUUCGUUAAACCAUGAUUAGUCCAAAUAAGACAUGUUCCGCCUUUAGAUGGAUACAUAUUGGUUUUCCUUGAUCAAUAAUUUUCUCUCCAUUGCACUAUUUCAUCUUUAUUUAUAGGAACAUGCUCUAUUCAGCUCUACUAGUAUACUCCUAUCUCGCAUAAAGUAUUAAAGUGUUUUGAUAAAGAUCUAAAUUAGGUCGAAACGGGAAAAGGGAGAAAUGUGAUGGAUCGUCACGGUGAAUUGGUGGAAGCCCUCGGGAAUAAUGCCAUUUAUCCUCUCUAAUCCCCACACCAUCCACCGUCUGUCUUCAUCUAUGAGCUGCUCGAUAACGGAACGUGCCACGUCGGUCUGCACACAAACUAGUCGUAUGGAUAAUUGCUCAUCACUGUAGUAUGACACACAUUGCUAAAACUUUCCUAUUCACUGUAGCACUAUACAGUAUGAUAAAGCAUUAUUCCCGAUGCCUUCCAUUAAUUCACUGUGACAUCUUUGUAGAAUGUUAAAAAUAUUUGAUAUAAUUUAAACACUACCUCUCAUAUAUAUAAUCAAUAUUACGUGUAACCAAAUACCUCGUAGCUUAUAUCUGUACAACUGAUUAAUUUUAAUAAAUUGGUAAAUAUGUCAUCAGCGUUAUUUAGUCUUACAAGAAUGCCUGAUCUAUGAUACUCGCAAUGAAAUGUGAAACUUUACAAUUAACGAGAAGAAGACAGUUUAUAAUAAAUCACAGAAGGGUAAUAAUUGUGAAAUCUUUAUAUCGUGCAACCAAUGAUGAAUGGACAGACUACAAUAUAUGUACCCCCUACCUUUUAGUCCAGGUGGAAUCAAUUAAGUACUUGUUGAUUAAACCGAAAUUGUUCAAAUAAUUGCAAAGAAUUAUUAUUUUUCAACCGGACAAUUUUUUUAUAUUUAUUGAAAUACAAAUAAAAAAGGACUUUUCAAGAUAAAGUUGAUAUUUUUAGAGAUAUGAAUUUUUGAAGGUUGAAAAAAUCUCGAUUUUGGAUACUUUUCACCCAUGAAAAAUAUAUUAAAAAAAAUAAAUACAAACAAUAUUUUUUUUCACAAUUUCAUACUAUAGUUAAUAACAUUUCUAAUAGAGAUUUAGUUAUACGCUGCAUCGGUCUUUCUGUGUCCUGAAUCAUUAUUUAUCAUUUAUCUUAAAGAGAAUAAUGUUAUUAAUAAUGAAAUUGUCUACAAUUUGUUUUGAACAAUUUUUUUUCCGAAAUCAAUUUUACAAAACUUAUUACUUCUGUAUCAGUUUGUACUUUACACUUUUAUGUUAUUAUCAUAAUAAUUUAUGCAUUUAUAUCAACAAUAAUAAGGUAUAAUGGUAUUUGUACAUUUUUUGGAAUCAUCAUUAUAUUUAAAUAAUAAAAGGUAAAUGACGUAUACGACGAAAUUAACAAUUAUAAAAUAGGUAUAAACAAUGGAAUUUUUUUAAAUCUCUAUUAGGAAUAUUUUUAACUAUGGUAUGAAGAAUUGAAAAAAAUAUAUUAUUUGUAUUAUAUUUUUUUAUAUAUUUUUCAUAGGUCAAAAGUACCCAAAUUCGAUAUUUUUCGAACCUUUUAAAAUUCAUACCUCUAAAAAUAUUAACAUUAUCGUUAAAAGUCAUAGGACCUUUUUUAUUUGUAUUUCAAUAAAGAAUAUAAAAAUAUCCCGUUGAAAAAUAACAAUUCUUUGCAAUAGUUUAAAAAAUUUCGGUUUAAACAAUAUGGCACGAGGCUGCUCCAUAAAAACAUGCAUUUAUAUCAUAAGGAAAGAUACAAGUAUUUUGAACCUUUCUCAUUUUUCUAACAGUAUCUAUGUUUGGUGAUUAUUUUAAUAUAAUGAACGAAAUUGUAAUUACUGUUAAAUUUGACCAACUGAAAUGUCACAAAUUAGCAUAAAUUAAGGGUAAAAAGUUAUAAUUAUUGUAUAUUUAUAGUAUGAUAAAAUCAUACAUUUAUUUGUUGCUAGUCACCUCAAUUAUUCAAUAAUUUGCAAUGAAUUAAUAUAAAAUUUAUGUAUUUUAAAAACAAACUGCACACUAUUAAAUAUUAUUAUAAUUCAGGAUGUUCAACUCAUUUAUACUUGUGUAAAAACAUGUUACCUAUUUAAUAAGAAUAUUGUUUAUGUUCUACUACUGUUACGAAAUUAAAAAGUUAACUUAGA